AUGAAGCGCCAAGCUGUUCGUCAAUUGCGCAGGGCUGCGGCUUUACCCAGGCCUACUACGCCCGUCCUGCUCCCCGUCCAGGUCGCUCGAGCCUAUUCGACCCAUCCGCCGCAGGCGCGUCUCAACAGACCCGUGGAUUACUCGGAAACGCCGUUACUCGCUCACAGCAGCAGGGGGCCCGCGCUGGGCAACCAUGGCGAGAUCCCUCCCGAGGUACGGAACGGCGCCACCAGGAAGAUGAACCUGUUCCAGGCCAUCAACGAUGCUCUGGGGAUUGCCCUGGCCGAGGACGACUCGGUCGUCGUGUUCGGCGAGGACGUCGCGUUUGGCGGCGUCUUCCGAUGCACCAUGAAGCUCGCAGAGACGUAUGGGGCCGAUCGCAUCUUUAACACGCCCCUGACGGAGCAGGGCAUCAUGGGCUUCGGCAUAGGCCUGGCGGCGCAGGGGAUGCGGCCCGUCGCCGAGAUCCAGUUCGCCGACUACGUCUUCCCUGCGUUCGAUCAGAUCGUCAACGAGGGCGCCAAGCUGCGGUAUCGCGAGGGGGCCACCGGCGUCCAUGCCGGCUCCUUGACGGUCCGCAUGCCCUGCGGCGGCGUCGGCCACGGAGGUCUCUACCACUCCCAGUCACCCGAGAGCCUCUUCACCCACGUGCCCGGGUUCCGGGUCGUCAUGCCCAGGUCGCCGAUCCAGGCAAAGGGCCUCUUGCUGGCAGCUAUUCGGAGCAACGACCCCGUUCUCUUCAUGGAGCCCAAGAUCCUCUACAGAGCCGCAGUCGAGCAAGUGCCCCAGGCUGCGUACGAGCUGCCGCUCUCCAGGGCCGAAGUCGUCAAGGGCGGCGGGGACAUUACCGUCAUCUCCUACGGCCAGCCCAUGUAUACCUGUCUGUCGGCUAUACAGAGGGCCGAGGAAGACCUGGGCAUCUCCUGCGAGCUGAUUGAUUUGAGGACCGUGUACCCCUGGGACAAGGAGACCGUCUUUGCUAGUGUUCGGAAAACUGGGCGGGCUCUCGUCGUUCACGAAGCAAUGGUAAACGCCGGCGUUGGCGCCGAGGUGGCCGCGGCCAUCCAGGAAGAUCCCGAGACCUUUGUCCGGCUGGAAGCUCCCGUGAGCCGGGUGGCAGGCUGGAGCAUUCACAGCGCCCUGAUGUUUGAGAAGUUUAAUAUUCCAGAUGCAGCACGUGUUUACGAAAACAUAAAAAAGAGCCUCGAUUACUAG